UUAAAUAAUAUUACGCCCUUACAAGAUUCCGAAAAAGAAAUUCGAUUGUUUUAUCUUUAUGUAAACAAGAAAAGAGAGUUCCGACAAGAAAUUUUCUCUAAUAUGUUUCUAAUUCACUCAAAAAAUCGUCUUGUAAGUACAGCCACAAUUUUUUGGCUGCAAAAAAUUAACCAAGAUAGAUAAUAAUUAGCAAAUACUGUGAUAUCGUAUAUGUUUGGUGCUUAAUCAAUCAACAAAAUAACAGAGACAGAAUUUAUAUCUGAACUGUUUGUGAAAUUUAAAUGGAAAAUUUUUUUGCGAUUCCUAUUCACAUGUCAGGACCAAUCAUACUUGAUAUAAAAUUUGACUGUAUAAUUGACAGUGGGACCUAAAUUUUCUAGGAAAGCUAAAAUGUUGCAACUAUAAAUUCUGUGUGUAAUAAUAUUUUAGCAGACAAAAAUAAAUAAAUUUUUUGUCGUGAUCCACGGAAAUCUACUUGCAUCAACAAAACAUUUCGUUCGUGUUGUGCUAAUCGUCUUUUGAUUAUCUCAAAAUUAGUAAAAAAGAAUCACGAGAUAGUACAGUUAUAUCACAAACAGAUUAAAUGUACUUGUCAGCGUUGCUAUUACAUAAUGAAUAAUCGAAAUUUAGUAAUCUCUUAGCGCGUGACGAAGUCUUGCGUGAAUUUCGUUUCAUACUGUAACGGAUCUCCCCUCCCUUGACAGCAAUGCGCUCCCAUUCACAGUCGAAGGGGGAAGGAAGGAGAAACGGAGCCAUCGUUCACGAGGAGCCCGCACGCGAUAUCGCAAGUUUCCAUAAUCAGCUGUUACACGUUUGUGACGUGGAUAUAGCUCUGAUGGGCAUUCGCGUAUUUAGACAGCGUGAGUUUAGGUAAAGCCAGUUUCAUAUCGGCCAUGUCAAUUGCGGUUGAACGACUUCCUUUUCGGCAAGAGCGAUCCGAUCGGAAUCGACUAGGUCGCGCGAUUCGCGAGUGAGUAUUUUCAUUCAGGAAAGCGUACUCGGAGCCAUUGUGUUUACGUGUUUCUCAGUUUAUACAUUUUUACUUCGGUCACCGUCCACGGAAUUUAAUGUGUGCGAUUCUCUCUCCGCUUUUAAGACCCGAAGAAAAAAAACCGGAUUUAGAUAUUUUUAUGUGUUGCAACAUAAUUUUACAACCGCGUUGUGAAACGGACUUAGAGAUAAGUUCCGGUGACUUUCUGUGUGUCCGGUUGUGAUUAUAAUCGACAUUGAGUUAUUUUCAUUUAAUAAGAGAUAAUGUCCGGUGACAGUGAUAUAAGCUGUUUAUAUAAUUUAUGACAGUGUAGCGAUACACUGUUACUUCGGGACUCAAGCCGGCCGGGAGCGCAGUGAGUCGACAUGAAGCAUCUGUCAACGGAAUCGCACAUUCAGUACUGAAUGUGCGUUGCGUGCGCUCUGUGUAGAAUGAAGAACCGGUUCAGUCAACGCCGUUCCAUUAAAUCAGCGCGCACCCGACUUCUCCUAAAUCAUACAAUAUAUACGGAGAAAUAAAUAUUUUUUAUUAAUCGCCUCGAAGAUUUUUAUAGCUCGUGAAAGACGUAAGUCGUUUUAGUCUCUUGCAACAAACUUAAACGAAUACGCUUGUUUAUUGCACAAUACUGUGAUUAGGAAGAGUUACUUGAUAUUAACGCUAAUCGAUGUUAAAAGGGAACGGUUAGAAGGAAUUUGCUUAUCAUUCGUUUUCAGAGCAAACUGAAAUAGCAAAACUGUCGCGACAACAAGUGUAAUUUUUCUGUAUGUGGCCGAAAGCGAAUAAAUUAUUGAAACAAAGUAAAGUGAUUUAGUGCAAAAGUGAGUGAGCAAAGAAUUCAAAUCGUAUCGAACGAGAUCGAAUAGAGCGGUUCAUACUUCUUUCCUUUGUCGCUUGCAUUUUUUCUUCUCAAAAGUGGAUUACGUCGCUCUGCACGUAUAGAUUUGGAAAGUAUUUCGUUAGUGAGUCUCGAGGGAUCCGUGUUACCCUCGCUAUUUCAUAUCAAGAUCUCAAUUGAAGAAGCGAGUGAGUAAGUGAUAAGUAUGCCGUAAAAUCAAUUAACAAUAUUUACGAAAAAUUAAAAAUAGAGAAAAAAUUUCAAAUAUAUAAUUCAGAAUCGGUUUGUCGUCUUUCAAAUUUACAGAAUUACACGAUCGAAGUGCUACAGCGAUUUCUUGUUGCAAAGUAUAUAAUUAAAAUAAUGAUCUCAAGUGAGAUUAUUAUAAUUAUUUGAGAAAUUAUUAGGCCAAGUGCGCAAUAGAGAUAAUUUAAAUAUUCGCCGAUAAAAAAGUAGACAAUAGCGAUAUUAAGGUAAGCGAUGAUGUAAAAAAAGAAACUAUUCGCGCAUUUGUGUGUGUGACUAUAGAAGCAACCGAUCUUUACUUCAUACUCAAGAGACGAAACUGUAUCAUUGGUUCGGAAAACAAGUCACGCAAGUUCACGUUCGAGGGGAGUACUAAGAUAAAUACAUUUCUUAGUAUGUUUACUAGACCAAUCCGGAUUCAUUGUAUGAUUUAUCGUCUUAUAAGGAAACGAUCGGUUAGCCGAGAGGAAGGAAUUUGUCCUUCGAAACUAUUUGAAGCGUUUUAAAUAUACGCGGGAGAAUUCCUAACACUGAGAAAUUAAUCUUUAUUGUUUAUAAAAGAAAUAAGUAUGCAAUUAAUUAAAUAAUUAAUUUUACGCAAAAAAACAAAGACAUCAAAAAAUUAAUAAAAGAAACAACCUCCUUAUAAUAAUAUUCGCGAAUAAAAUUGAUUUGAUAUUCACGACAGAUCAAUUUUUGACAAAUUAAUUUUGUUUAAUCCUAUGAAGAGCGCUUCGCAUAAGAACAUGUCGAAAAAAGAAAAAAAAAACGACACGGUCUGAUUACACCUCGACUCACUCGUCGACGUCACGAGUAGUCGCUUGAUAAAGUCGCUUGUAUCGCGAAAAAAUAAGGCCGAAUCUGCUUUUAGUGGCCAAGUGGUACGAGAAAGGUAAAUGCAGGAAGUAUGUUGUACGAAGACUUCCGAUUCUCAACUGGCUACCGAGAUACAGACCCACGUGGAUUCUGCAGGAUGCAUUGGCCGGCAUCACGGUCGGUCUCACUGCCGUGCCGCAAGUAUGGAUUGUACUCGGCAUUUAUGGCAUCAUUCAUAUAUAUCAUUUUUGGGUCAUGUGAAAACAUCACUAUUGGUCCAACAGCCAUUAUGGCCACCAUGGUUCAACCGUUAGUCGCCAAAUAUGGUCCUGAUAUGGCUGUACUUAUUGCCUUUUUGAAAGGAUGCAUCAUUGCACUUUUAGGAAUUUUUCAUUUAGGAUUUUUACUGGACUUUAUAUCGCUUCCGGUAAUUACUGGCUUCACAUCAGCCGCGGCGAUCAACAUUGCGUCUUCCCAGUUUAAGUCACUCCUGGGUAUUCCCGGUAGAGCCGAGAGCUUUCUCGAUGCCCUGAUUGCGAUCUUUAAGAAUAUCCAUCUGACGCGGUAUCAAGAUGCGUCGUUGGGAAUUGGUACAAUCGUUGUGUUAGUGUUGCUCAAGAAAUUACCAGGACGGCGUACAGGGUCAAUCUUUGAAAAAAUAGGAUGGCUUCUUGGUCUGUCUCGCAACGCAUUAGUCGUAAUUAUAGGCACUGUUAUGGCGUAUAUUUUUUACACCAACAAUCUGGAGCCUUUUACAUUAACGGGCAAAAUGGGGCAGGGCUUGCCACCGUUCGCGCCCCCGCCGUUCUCCACGAUCUAUAAGAAUGAAACGUACAACUUUGUGGAAAUGGCUAGCGCAAUGGGAACGACGCUGUUCACGAUACCGGUUGUAUCAACUAUCGAGCACAUAGCCAUCGCGAAAGCCUUCGCAAAGGGUAAAUCUUUGGACGCCACUCAGGAGAUGAUCGCUCUAGGAAUCUGUAAUAUUUUUGGAUCAUUCGUUCGCUCGAUGCCAGUUACAGGAUCUUUCACACGAACGGCCGUCAAUCAUGCGUCGGGAGUUGUAACUCCAUUGGGUGGAAUAUUUACAGGCGCUUUGGUACUGCUUGCGGUCGGUCUCUUGACCUCUACUUUCCGCUUCAUACCAAAGGCGACGCUCGCUGGCCUUAUCAUGUGCGCCAUGUACUACAUGCUCGAUUUCGAAACGUAUGUCUUGCUGUGGCGCGCCAGAAAGGUCGAUUUCUGUGUGAUGAUGUUGACAUUGAUCCCAUGCGUCUUUCUUGGUCUGGAGUACGGUAUCUUAAUUGGCAUUGUUGUCAAUCUUAUAGCAUUGCUAUACUUCUCAGCGAAGCCUUCCGUUCAGACGAAAAUUGAACAGAUCGAAGGGGAAACGGUAAUAAUCGUCAUACCCGAAGAAGCAAUAGCUUUUCCAGCGGCAGAGCGCUUACGUGCUAACAUAAUGAAAAUUUCCGGGAAUAGUGAAUGCAACGUGAUACUCGACUGUAAGAAUCUGAAGAGGCUUGAUGUUACAGUCGCUAAGAACAUCAAGCUUCUAGGGAGGGACCUUUCAGUACGUGGACAAACAAUUGUCUGCAGUAAUUGCUGCGAGAACGUGAAUGCCACUCUGAAGGCUGUGGCGCCGGAAUUGUUAAACAUCAAGGAAGAUAGACGCUGAAGGGGAAGAGCGUUUCCUUUACAUCAUCACCAAUCUAAAUGCGACCGUCUAGGCGUGUACAGAUAUCAUGCGAGACUUUUUAAUAAACAUAGUUAAUUAAUUUUUAAUAAAUAUAGUUAAUUUAGUAAGCGCGACUGCCAAAGAUUGAACCUUGUACGCAACUUCUUUCCUUUCCUGGGAACAACAAAAUCGGCGAAUCAUAAAAUUUAUUUGCCCAUUACACUGACAAUGAAUAAAAGUUUUUAUGUUUAA